AUGGGAAGGCGUCCUCUGCUGCUCUUCUUGUCGCCAUGGCUGCUGCUGCUUCUUCUUCUUGUUCAUGGCGUGAGCUCGCUGCAGUUCACGCGGGACGACUUCCCCGAUGGUUUCGUGUUUGGAGCCGGGACUGCGGCUUACCAGUAUGAGGGUGCAGCUGCUGAGGAUGGGAGGAGGCCCAGCAUCUGGGACACUUACACACAUUCAGGGAGGCAUCCAGAGGAUGGAACGGGUGAUGUGGCUUCUGAUGGCUACCAUAAGUACAAGGAAGAUGUCAAGCUAAUGGGUCAAAUAGGCCUGGAGGCUUACAGGUUCACCAUUUCUUGGUCAAGACUCAUUCCUACUGGAAGAGGAGCGGUUAAUCCAAAGGGAUUGCAAUUUUACAACAGUAUGAUAAAUGAGCUGGUGAAAGCAGGUAUUCAGAUACAUGUCGUCCUGUACCACAUGGACCUUCCUCAGAGCCUUCAGGAUGAGUAUGGAGGGUGGAUUAGCCCCAAAUUUGUCGAGGACUUCGCAGCAUACGCCGGUGCGUGCUUCAGAGAGUUCGGCGACAGGGUUGCGCAUUGGACCACCGUGCUUGAGCCGAACGCCAUGGCCCAGGCUUGCUACGACGUUGGGAUCCUGCCGCCCAACCGCUGCUCGUAUCCAUCCGGCAGCAGCAACUGCACGCCUGGAGACUCCACGGUUGAGCCGUACUUGUUUAUGCACCAUGCCCUGCUAGCUCAUGCUUCAGCUGUUAAGCUUUACAGGGAGAAGUACCAGGUUGCACAGAAAGGCAUUAUCGGUAUAAAUAUAUACUCCAUGUGGUUUUACCCAUUCACAAAUUCAGCUGAAGAUAUUGGUGCUACUGAAAGAACAAAGCAGUUUAUUUAUGGCUGGAUCUUGAAUCCUUUGGUGUUCGGAGAUUACCCAGAGGCCAUGAAGAAGGCCGCCGGUUCUCGUCUUCCGUUCUUCUCUAGCUACGAAUCUGAGCUGGUUAAGAACGCUUUCGACUUCAUUGGGUUGAAUCACUACACCUCAGUUUACACGAGUAACAAUGAUAACACGGUCAAGGCACCGUUACAGGACUUGACUGCCGACAUUGCUACUCUGUUCAGAGACACCAAGAACGACACACCUAGUCCAGAGUUUGUUCCCGGAACCUUAGUAGAUCCUCUGGGGUUAGAGCAUGCUCUUGAAUAUAUUCGAGAGAACUACGGAAAUCUGCCUAUCUAUAUCCAGGAAAACGGUAGUGGAGCACCAGAUGGAACCUGCCUGUUAGUGUUUUGGCCAGAAUCCCCCUCCAAAAGUAAUAGCAUGAAUGCUAGUGGUAGUGCUAGCAGUCAUACUGGUAAUACUAGUAGGAGUAGUUCAACAAUGGGAAGAUUGGGAGGGCAGGCAAGGAGCAUUUUGAAUGUUGUUCGUGUGAUUCCACCCAAUGAUGAUGAAAAGAAGCCCUUGUGGAGGUAUGUUGAGUUGCUAGAAAAGACAGGGAAAGAUCAAGGAGGGAAUGCAAGGUUCAGAUGCAGGUUUAGUAACCAAGUUAUCCAUGGAAGUUACUCAAGAGUUAAAGCACAUCUCUUGAAAAUAGGAACAAUUGGUGUGGCUACAUGUAAGAAGGUGACAGUGGAUAUACUAGGGCAACUUGAAGAUGAAAUGGCUAAAGCUGAAGCAAUCUCUGCAAGAAACUUGCCUAAUAACAUCCCAUUGCCAACAGAGAGUAUUCCUUUCAAUGUUGCAACAAUGUGGGAUGUUGGAGGAGAUAGCUAUGACUUGUUUGAUGGUGGUGCUGAUUUUCCUCGGCAUGCUGAACUGUCACUUGAUGAGCCUAACAUUGAGAGAGUUUUAAAAGAUCUUCGUGCAUUCGACAUAUAA